GAUACUAGUACCUGCACGACCAGUGGACAGUUGCGCAAGUAAAGUGAAGAUCUUCUUUAAAAAGCCCAACAAAUUUAUUGAUAAUGUCGUCUUUUGCUCCGGCAUCAAAGAAAACUAAAAGGACAGAUAAAGAUGACUUCGAUAGAGAUCAUUUCGAGGGAAUUCCAAAGAUAGAGUACAAACCAAAUGCUGGUGCUACCGAUGUACUGUGUUUUAAGCACUACAAUUCUAAAGAGUUAAUUCAUGGGAAAACAAUGGAGGAAUGGUGUAGAUUUUCUGUUUGCUUCUGGCAUACAUUUAGAGGAACAGGCGCUGACCCAUUUGGUUUCCCAACACUACAUCGGCCAUGGGAUGAUGGUACCAACAGCAUGAAAAAUGCAAAGAGGAGAUUAGAAAUUGCAUUUGAGUUCUUCAGUAAACUUGGAGUUCCUUACUGGACUUUCCAUGACAGAGAUGUGGCUCCUGAGGGAGAAACUUUGGCUGAAACUAAUGCAAACUUGGAUGAAAUUACUGAUCUGGCUCUUGAGUUACAGAAGAAGACUGGAGUGAAGCUAUUAUGGGCAACAUGUAAYUUGUUUGCAAAUCCAAGAUACAUGAAUGGGGCUUCUACCAAUCCAGAUGCACAUGUCUUUGCUUAUGCAGCUGCUCAAGUCAAAAAAGGACUGGAAAUUGCAAAGAAAUUGGGCGCAGAGAACUUUGUGUUCUGGGGAGGAAGAGAAGGCUAUCACACACUACUGAACACUGAUGUCAGACGUGAAUUGGAUCAUAUGGCCAACUUCUUCUGCAUGGUUAUAGCAUAUAAGGAGAAGAUAGGGUUUACGGGACAACUACUCAUUGAGCCAAAACCUAAAGAACCGACUAAACAUCAAUAUGACUAUGAUGCACAGACGGUCAUUGGAUUUUUGAAGACCUAUGGAUUGGACAACGAUUUCAAGUUAAACAUUGAACCGAACCACACCACCCUUGCUGGGCACACAUAUGAACAUGAUGUUGUGGUUGCUUCAAAGUUUGGUUUACUGGGAUCAAUUGAUUCAAACACAGGUUCACCUGAUCUGGGAUGGGACACUGAUCAGUUCCCAAUGGAUAUCAAAGACUGUGCCUUAGUCAUGAAGGUUGUAAUUGAGCAGAAUGGCUUGGAUCCAGGAGGCUUGAACUUUGACUGCAAAGUACGCCGGGAAUCAACAGACGUCGAGGAUAUGUUCAUUUCCCACAUCGGUGCGAUGGAUAGCUUUGCUCGUGGCUUAAAGUCAGCUGUUAAGCUUAUUGAAGAAGGCAAGCUUGGCAAUCUUGUCAAGGAACGAUACAGCUCUUACGAUAAGGACAUUGGAGCCAAGAUCGAAAAGGGUUCAACUUCACUAGAGGAACUGGAGAAAUAUGUUAUGGAAAAUGGCGAGCCAGAACUCAUAUCAGGAAAGCAAGAAAAAUGUGAAGCAAUCUUGAAUUAUUACGUGUAAUACUCGUCAGCUUUAGGAAUUGUCAGCUUUUUAUAGGUUUAAUUCGUUUGUAAGAAAGGGAAGAAAUCGAACAAACAUUUCAUAAGCCGUUAUUUCUUUGGUGACAGUGAACAAAUUAGUUUUGAAUAAUUUAAAAAUUAUUGAAAACAAGAUAUUAUUAAAUAGCGCAAUAUAGUGUAGGUUCUACUAAAAAAGGUUACUAAAAUUAUAAAUUGUAAUGACAAUAUUUCAUAUAUAUUAUAUAAACCCGGAUCUCAUUCAUAUGAAAAAUAUUGGAAAAUCCUAAACCAAUAAAUGAAAUCAGAAUUUCUUUCUUCUU